CUUCCUGCUUCCCCCCUCAACCCCCGAGGAAGUGGUCCGCGCCGCGCCGGUAAAGGCAUCAGCAACCAGCUAAGCUUGAGCAUCCGAUUCCUGUUCAUCAUCUUUUCUUCUUCUUCUUCUUCUUCCUCCUCCUCUUCCUCGCUCCUUUUCUUCUUUCUCUCUUUCCCAGUUUAAACACACACCCCCCGCAAUUCCCUUCCUUCUCCUCCCGCCCUGAUCCUCUUUGCCGCGCAUCCCUGAGGCAGCAUCAGCAGCUGCAGCAGCAGCAGCACCACCACCAUGGCCUGGCCCUGGCGGCGCGAGGGGUAGACGGGCAGGGGCCUCCACGAGCCCCCUACCCCCUAGGAGGGGGGCUACCACGCAGUCGGGGACGAUGGAGAUCUCGCUGGGCCAGUGGCUCCUCAUUCUGUUCCUGGUGGCGGUGCCCUUGCUCUAUGAAUGGAGCGCCACCUUCAAGUACUUCUGCAAGAUGGCAUUCUACAAUGGUUACAUCCUCUUCCUGGCUGUCAUCGUCAUCCCCAUCUGCGCACUUCGUGGACGGAACGUGGAGAACAUGAAGAUAAUCAGAUUCAUGAUGCUGCAUGUGAAAUACUUGUAUGGGAUCAAGAUUGAUGUGCGGGGCACCGAGAACUUCAACAUCAAGGAACCAUAUGUGAUUGUUUCCAACCACCAGAGCUCACUGGACCUGCUAGGGUUGAUGGAGGUGUUGCCAGACCGAUGCGUGCCAAUUGCCAAGAAGGAGCUGAUGUACAUGGGCACAGUGGGGCUGGCAUGCUGGCUGGGGGGCAUAAUCUUUAUCAACCGCAAGAAAACAGAUGACGCAAUCAGUGUCAUGUCGGAGGCUGCCCACACCAUGUUGCGUGAGGACGUUCGGGUCUGGGUGUUCCCGGAGGGCACCAGGAAUCACAGUGGCUCUAUGCUGCCCUUCAAACGGGGUGCCUUCCAUCUGGCUGUGCAAGCUCAGGUUCCUAUCAUCCCAGUUGUGAUCUCAUCGUAUCGGGAUUUCUACAGUAAGAAGGAAAGACGCUUCACUACAGGGCGCUGCACGGUCCAGAUCUUGCCUCCCAUGCCCACACGGGGGCUGAGCGCCGACGACGUGCCGACCUUGACAGACCGUGUGCGCCAGGCCAUGCUUGUUGCCUUUGAGGGGCUCUCGGGGGAGCUGGGUGCCCCACAGUGACCCCCCCUUCCCCAUCUUGCGGCCCUAGAGAAGCUACAGAGUGGGACUGGGAGCAGCUUAUGCCCACAAGCAGCUAUGGAGGCAGGGCCAGAACAGAAGAGGGCAGCACUUAUCCCAGCGGGAGAGUUAGGGACCAGGAGUGGCAGAGGCAGUGAUGGGAGCAGCCAUGCUACAAGCAAUCAUGGAGAUGACGGCGAUGGAUCUGCAGCAGUGGGGAAUGGGUGGGGCUUCAUUGGGUCACGCCCAUAAGGAGCCGCAUAGGCGGAGUUGGUCCCAGCCAUGCCCGUCGCCACCUUCAGUUUGGGACCAGAAUUCUAGCCCAUUCUCCUCCCUUUCCCCCUCCACACCCAGGUAGGUGGCACAGUCCAUUCCCAGUCUUCGCCCUGUCUCUCCCUCCACCUUUUUGUGUUGACAUGAACUGUUCCACUCGGGCUUCUUGGACUCAACCACUCUGAUCCCCGCAUGGGGGAGUAUGUCAUGGGCUGAUUCCCAGGCACUGUACAAACUUGAACCACUCCUUGAAAUAAUGAAGAGGACUGGACUGAUCUGCCCUAGCCUCUCAGGGUGGGGGUUAGAGCGAACUUGAGAAUGUGAAACCGGUUGAUGUUAUGGAAUGAUCCACUCCAGCCUUUCAGCGAGAGAGAGAGAGUGUGUGCGUGUGUGCAUGUAUGUGUGUGGUGAAUAAAUGACACUACGGACUGAUCCACUCCUUAGGCCUGCAAAGGGGGCAGGAUUGGAAUGAACCACUUCAGCCAGUGUGAGAAGGAAGCUGUGGACUGAUCCACCCCAACCUCCCAAGGGGGGGGGAGCUUGGGUGCACCUGAAGAUAACCUAUUUGGACUGAAUGAAGGCCCUAAAAAUCAUGGACUGAGCCGCCUCCCUCUCUGAAGAGGCAUUUGAGGGGUGGGGUUUCAAGGGGAAAUCGGGAAGAAAGUGGGCAUGUACUAGCUCUAUUCCUUCACCUGAUGAUGAAGUUGGGGGAGGGGGGAAGUAAAGAGGAGAGCUUUGGGGGGGAUGGUGAAAUCAUGUGGCUUGCUCUGAGUGAACCUUGUGUGAGGCAUAUGCCUCUGACUAUUUCAGUACGGAGGAGAACAGAGGGGAAGGGAAAUUCAGAUCAGCAUUACCGGGAGUGUGGAAGGAAGAAGAGGUACAAGUGAGAGAACACAUGUUGCCUGACAGUCGUGCCUCCUGAGGUCUGUCUUUUCUCAGUGUUGGGAAAAUAUUGUAAUUCUCCCCCACAAAGGGAUGCAAGCACCCCCUUAUCCCAAGGGCAGAAUGGCAUGGAUCAAUGUAGCAAAUCCUUUUGCCCCAGCAGAAGUUGGAGGCAGGGGCGGGGCGGGGCGGGAGGGUUGCUGGAAUCUCAUUAUGGCCAGGCCUUCCCGUGAAAGAGAGGGAAAUCGGAAAUAAGCAGGAAAGGAAGAGGGCUGGGGAUGGGGCGAGAAGAAUAGGGUUUGAGAAUUGGCAGCAGGGAGGGGCAAGCAUUAGGGGUCCCUAGGCUAAAAGAACUGUGAGGUGCACAACUGCUAGGAGUGAAGGGCAUGACCCUGGGGGCUUGGGGCCAAAGGUUCUGCCUUUUUAUGGAGGGCAGGGAAACAAAGGCAACAUGAGGCUCGGGAUGCAUCCGGUACUGCUACUGCCCCCAAAAGCAGCAGUGUGGGGUAAAGGUUAGAGCAACCGGGAGCUGAUAUGCAAAUAGGGUUGAGGGGUGGGAUGUUGGGAUAGGAGAGGGGCCGCAUCCUAGGAAAAAGGGAGUGGUAACUGGUUAGGGGUGGAAGGAGAGGAAACAUCUGUCUGUGAAUGGGCAGGGUGCUUGGGAAGCUGUUUUAGGGUAUAUGCACACUUGGGGGGAAGAGGGAGUUGAGGUUUUGCCAAAUAUUCCCUGUUUGGGGGGGGAUUGGGGGACUGCCUUUGCUCCUCUUCUGCCUUUUGGUUUUCCCCUCUUGAUAUUUCUGUCCUCUCCCUGGUUGGAGACCCAAGUACCCAUCCUCCCAAAUGUCCUUCCUUGGGAGAGAGGGGAGAGUGGUGUUGGGGAGGAUGAGGAUGAGUGAAAGGGGCAUCGCCAAGAUCCAUGUUCCCAAGACCUUUCCUGCUUUUAAUAAAGACCCUUUAAAAUGUU